AUGAGUUUUUCUCGAAUGAUGGCAACAAAAGUGGUUGGCCUUUUGGGCGAGUCUCUAACGUUAGAAGCUUCAAAGGAUUCUUUUACUGGCAAAGCACAUCCCAGCAAAGUUUACAGUGCAGUUGCCGACCUUCCUAAUCCUCUCUGCAAAGAGCAAUUGACAAAACGAAAACAAAAAAGUUCUAUUUUCCGAAGGAGAAAAACUGGCAAGGCUGCUGAAAGACCGAUUCGAGCCAGGAAAGUCAUCAGAAAAGAGAAAGUGGAAACCCAUCGAGUACACCAAAAUCAAGUGGUGUCUCUCCUACAUGCUGAGCAGAAUGCCAGCAGAAGUUUCUGCUGUGUGGACAGAGCUUUCGUCGAAUUAUCCAAAUGGGCUCCAAAUUUUGUUCCAAGGACACUGUAUGACUUUGAAAGCGGCGUAGGUUCUGUCCCAUGGGCCGCAAUCUCAAGAUGGUCAAAACAGUUGGAGGAAAUUCACUGCAUUGACUCCUCGAAAGACAUGGUCAAUCUGGCAGAGCUUCUUCUUAAGGGAGGAGAGGCUGGUGGAAAAUUCCACGUUCCCCAAACAUAUUUUCGCCAGCUCAUGUCGCCCACAGUGAAUAGAACUUUUGACUUGGUCGUAAGUGCCCACACAUUGUUUGAGUUUCCAAGCCUAGAAGCUCGCUUAGACGCUCAUAUAAAUCUGUGGAGAAAGACCAAGGAUUAUUACGUGCUGGUGGAGUUGGGGACGAGAGAAGGAUUCAAACUUAUUGAUGAAGCCAAGGAAUUCAUCCUGUUUCAGUCAAAGAAAGAAGGCCAGGAAAUGCACAUACUCGCUCCGUGCCCUCACUCACUUGCUUGUCCGCGCUUGUUGCGGGAAGGAGACAGGUCGCCUUGCAACUUUGAAAGUCGAUAUUAUAAACUUUGGCCCGAAAACGAUGGGGAAGCCUCCAAGGAGCGUUUCUCAUUUGUCAUCCUUGGCAAAGGCCGGAGGAAAAGUCCAUCACCGUCUUGGCCCCGGAUGGUUCGGGCGCCGAUGGUCAGAGGUGGGCAUGUGAUCUGCUCGUUGUGCACACCAGAGGGAAAACUUGAAGACGUAACAUUUACUAAGUCGAAGGACGGAAGGGCAAGUUUUCUUUGCGCAAGAUAUAGUGAUUGGGGUGACCUGGUACCAGUUUCGUUGCGGCAGAAGGAGUUUGAUGUUAGAGACAAAGUUAAGAAGGAGAAGAUAUCUGAGAACUCUGAUGAUGCUCAAAAGAGUGAACAUCAAUAUGUUGCUGCAGACGAAGGAAGGCCUCUUGUUAAUUAGUAAAUUUUUUAAUUAAAUAUUAUGUAACUUAUGUUUAAAGAGCGCGCCCAAUAAUUUG